CAACAAGACGAGACGUGCACGCGCAGGGAUUGUUUGCCGCCAGUCAGUUCGUCGUUUAUAACCGCAACGCACACAUUGUGACUAGUAUCAAUUGAAACGACAAAGUUUUGGCUUAAUAUAAUUGUGUUUUUUAGGUUUGCGUGGAUUCGAAUCAAUCGACCAGGGUUGCAACUGUAGCUGAAACGGACCGUAGAUCCGGGAUUUACCGCUCGUUUGUGGAGCCAAGACUGUGACGCUCUGUAGGCCGCAGUGUAACGUUUUAAGAUCAACAACAACAACAUGGCCGAUGAUUUGGACAUUGAAGCAAUGCUCGAGGCUCCAUAUAAAAAGACUUGCCUAUAUCUCACCUCUACUCCCAUGAAUUCCAGUGUGAACUGUCAAAAAAAUGAAGGGCGAGAUGUGUGACUGAGGUGGCAUCGAGCUCUUUCAAUCCACGAAGGCAUAUGGGGUGAAGAUCACUGGAAUGGCAUCCACCACUGGAGCUCGUUUAGUGGCUGGCUGCUAGCGUUGCCACUUUGGGUCUUAGGCUCAGAUAGCCUUGGUACUGAAACUGUUGGGCUGCUUAAUGAAUGAUGUCUUUAAAAAAAAAAUCAAUGCUGCUUUACAUACCCAGCAUAGCACUAGCAAUGUUUGGCCGUUUCACACAAGUAAUGCAAGCACAAGUAAGGAAGAACGACAUUGGCAGCCUUGUGGUUGCUUUCUAAAGGUCCCCCUUGUAUUUGUCGUCCUCCCACACAAACCCUGUAAUGAACUCUUAUUUAAUGAUCAUAUCAUAUUCUCUUUUGUUCCCAUCCCUUCUUUAUCCUUACGACUUGAAAUGUUUCGCCGUCCUCCUCAUGCUGUCUUCUAUCGACCCUGCUUAGGAUGACAACAAGUCCUUAAGUACCAAUGGCCACGAGGAGCGGAGCAAGAAAAAAAAGAGGAGCAAAAGUCGCAGCCGGAGUCGGGACAGGAAGAGAAGCAAGAGUCGCGAGCGCAAAAAGAGUCAUGACCGGAGGAGGAGCCGCAGCAGAGACCGGAAGCGCAGCCGCAGCAAGGAGAGACGUCGCAGCCGUUCUCGGAGCAGGGAGCGCGGCGGUCGCUACAGAGCUCCAUUUUCUGGCCUGAAAUUUAACGGUGGUCCCAGGGGGAAGACUGGCCCACCACCUGCCAUCAAACUAAGUCGAAGAAGGUCUAGAAGCCGAAGUCCUUUCAAGAAAGAUAGAAGCCCUGUAAGACAGCCCAUUGACAAUCUCACCCCUGAGGAAAGAGAUGCUCGCACAGUGUUCUGUAUGCAGCUGGCAGCCAGAAUCCGGCCACGAGACCUAGAAGAAUUCUUUUCUGCAGUUGGAAAAGUACGAGAUGUGCGAAUCAUCUCUGACCGAAACUCCAGAAGAUCCAAAGGAAUUGCUUACAUUGAGUUUGUGGAUUCCACAUCUGUACCCCUGGCAAUUGGUCUAUCUGGACAAAGGCUUCUUGGAGUACCAAUCAUUGUCCAGGCUUCACAGGCUGAGAAGAACAGAGCCGCUGCAUUGGCCAAUAACUUGCAGAAGGGCAGCGCAGGACCCAUGAGGCUCUAUGUUGGCUCAUUGCAUUUCAACAUCACAGAAGACAUGCUCCGAGGCAUUUUUGAACCAUUUGGAAGAAUUGAUAGUAUCCAACUGAUGAUGGACAGUGAAACAGGACGAUCUAAAGGAUAUGGUUUUAUCACAUUUUCUGAUGCUGAAUGUGCAAAGAAGGCACUGGAACAGCUUAAUGGCUUUGAGUUGGCUGGUAGACCAAUGAAAGUGGGACAUGUGACGGAGCGCACAGAUGCCUCCACCGCCAGCUCCUUCCUGGACAACGAUGAGCUAGAAAGAACCGGUAUUGAUCUGGGGACUACAGGAAGACUUCAACUCAUGGCCAGAUUAGCUGAGGGAACUGGUUUGCAGAUCCCGCCCGCUGCACAACAGGCCCUUCAGAUGAGUGGCUCCAUGGUUGCCAUGGCUGCAGCUACUGCUGCUAUGAACCCUGGAUUGAGUUUUAACAUCAAUGUGCCAACAAACCAAGCCUUGAAUUUACCAUCACAACCCAUCGCAACACACUGUUUCCAGCUGUCCAACAUGUUCAAUCCAAACUCAGAAAAUGAUCAUGGUUGGGAAAUCGAAAUUCAGGAUGAUGUCAUUGAAGAGUGCAACAAACACGGUGGAGUCAUACACAUAUAUGUGGACAAGAAAUCUGCUGAAGGUAAUGUCUAUGUGAAGUGUCCCACCAUUCCUGCUGCCAUGGCUGCAGUCAGUGCGCUACAUGGACGCUGGUUUGGAGGUAAAAUGAUCACAGCAGCUUAUGUCCCGCUUCCUACAUACCACAACCUUUUCCCAGAGUCAGUGCAGGCCACACAGCUUCUAAUCCCCAGUCGUCGGUGAUCAAUCACCACUGUACAACUCCACUUUUUCAGCCUUGCUCUUUUUAACUUUUGGACAAUAAUAACAGUUCUGCAAGUUGUGGCACAGGUGUGGUAAGGUAAAGUUUCACUUGCAUACUGUCCUUACAGGUCAUGGACAAGUUCUGUGGUUAAAAAAAAUCCUAUGUACAGCCUACUUAUUGAAUUUUGCUUCUUGAUCUUUUAUUGUUGGUACAUAUUUGUUUUUCUCUUCCACAUUUAUUGUCUCUGUGAAAGAUCUGAUUGGUAUGUUUAUCACUCGAGGUAGUGUAUAAUAAUACCAGAAACGCAGUAUAAGUAAGUCUUGGAUUCAAACUCUUCAAUUUUGAUCAAAUGUCAACAUAUUCAACUUUUUGGCUCUAUGAGCUGUGGGAACUAAAUGGCUGACAAAUAUCUUUUGUUCAUUUAGAGACCACGAGGUUUAGAAACAUCUUGUUUUUCUAAUCAAGAUUUUGAUUUUUGUAAAGUUCUUGAUGAAAAGUUCAUUUCAAAUAAAGCAGAGAUAACUGAAA